AUGUACAAGAAAUCAUUACACCGGAGGCACGAUUCCAGCGAGCUCAACGUGUUCGAGGCUGCACGAUAUUUCUCCGGAAGCACCAAUGAAAUUCCAAGUGCAACUUUCGCACAUAAGAUCAUCGGAGAAGACAGGCAGUCUGCAGUGAAAACUGCUCGAAGAAUGAGUCUAGACGUGCCCCCGACGAUGAUGUUAAGACACUCACUUCCUUUGCAAAUGGAAAAGAAAAUGAAAGAGAAAAAACAUAAAAAGCCAAGUUCUCCCGGUGGCAAACUUGCCCAUUUCUUGAAUUCUCUUUUCAAUCAAACAUCUUCCAAGAAGAAGAAAUCUAAAUCUUCAACACAGUCUGUGAAGGAAAGUGAAGAGGAAAGCCCUGGUUGCAGAAGGAAAAGAAGAAGCAGCAUUAGUUUUUUCCACACAAUUACAAAUACUGCUGAUUCUAAGUCCAUAUAUUCAUCUUCAAGUUCUGGCUUUCGAACACCUCCACCUGCACCAUAUGCACGUAAUCCCACAAAAAGGCACACAGAUUAUGCUUUUUCCAACGAAAAACUCAGAUUCAGCAAUGGAAUAUUUGAGAAGAACAAGAUUUCUAAUCUGGGAUAUUCAAACAGGAGUAGAAAAAACUGGUCUGAUCGUCAGUUUUCAUCAGAAGAGAGAGAAUUUAGAAAGAUCAAUGAUUUUGAUGAUGGUGCAGAUAGUGAUUCAAGCUCUGAUCUGUUUGAUUUACCAAAUCUCGAUUUAGAUUACUACUCAAGUGGGCUACCUGUUUACGAAACAACACAUAUGAACAGCAUCAAGAGAGGUGCACCAAUUUCCGGUGGCGCAAUUUAA